AUGAUUUUUUCGAAUCAAAACUCUGAUAUUUAACCAGGUUUUGAAUUCCCUGAAUAUUAUUAAUUAUUUAAUAAAAAAUAAGUUUACAUCUCAAAAAUGAGCCAAAAAAAUUCAAAGGAAAACGAAAAUGCUGCUGCGUUAGCUCAUUAUAAAAGAAACUAAGUACAAUUAUUAAAUUGAAUUUUUUUAGGAGUUUAUAAUUAAUUAUAAAACAGAAGAAGCAUUAUUAGAAAUUAAUAAUGCCUUGGAUCUUUGUCCUCAAUUUGCAGAAGCUUACACUUUAAGAAGUGCAAUGUUUUAAAUAUCAAAUUAGGUAAAUUAUAUGAAAAAAUGAAAUUAUAUGAUAAAGCAUUGGAAGAUGUAAAUUAUAGCAUAUCCAUAAACAAUAAUAACGCUGCAUGUUAUUAUUAACGAGGUAUAAAAUUAGUAGUCAUAAUUUAAGCAACAAUUUAUUGGAGAAAAUUAUUAUUCGAUCUAGCACUUUAAGAUUGUAUGAAGUGUCUUUAGAAUAAUACAGAAUUUGCAAUAGGUUAUAGUAGAAUGAGUAAUCAAUUUAUAGGCUCGAUUAUGAGAAGUUUUAAAUAAAAGGAUAAUGAACUUUAAUAUUUAAAUAAACUAUAGAAAAAAAUGGCAAUUGUUAUUAGGCCUUUAAUAAUAGAGGUAAAAUUGAUAUUGAAAUUUAAGGCUUAUAUUAUAUGGAUGAACAAAUGAGUGAUUUUGCAUUUAGAGAUUUCAAUUAAGCUAUAACAUUAAUCCUAAAUUCUCAAUAGCCUAUUAUAACAGAGGUGAAGACUGUUAAACUUAAUGUGUGAGGCAAUUUAUAUACAAAUAUUGGUGACAAAGAUAAAGCAUUAAGUGACUAUAAUCAAGCAAUCCUACUUGAUCCAGAUAAUGCAAAAGCUUAUUAUAACAGAGGUGAAUACUAUUCCACUUAAUAAAUAAGGCAAUUUAUAUCAAACUAUUGGUGACAAAGAUAAAGCAUUAAGGGACUAUAAUCAAGCAAUCCAACUUGAUCCAAAAUUCUCAAUAGCCUAUAAUAACAGAGGUGAAUACUUUUAAACUUAAUAUAUUAGGCAAUUUAUAUAAAGAUAUUGGUGAAAAAGAUAAAGCAUUGAGUGACUAUAAUCAAGCAAUCUAACUUGAUACUAAAUAUGUUGAUCUCUAUUUUAACAGAGGUGAAUACUAUUACACUUAAUACCUUAAGCAAUUUAUAUCAAGCUAUUGGUGACAAAGAUAAGGCAUUAAGCGACUAUAAUCAAGCAAUACAACUUGAUCCUAAAUAUGUUAAUGCCUAUAAUAACAGAGGUGAAUACUAUUACACUUAAUACCUUAAGCAAUUUAUAUCAAGCUAUUGGUGACAAAGUUCAAGCAUUAAGUGACUAUUAACAAGGAUUAUCUCUAUCUCCUAAUCAUUCAUUCUUAUUAUGCAAUUUAGGUAGUUUUUAUUACAUUCUUUCUAACCAUACUCAAUAAGCUUAUGAAUGUUAUUAAACAGCCAUAAAUUCUUUAGAGAGCUUAAAAUAAUCAGAAAUUGCGUAAUUCCAGUUAAUUCAAAGGACUAUUAAAGACUUAAUAAAUAUGUUUGACAUCCUUAAAAAUUUAGAAUAAGGAAUUGAGCAAUCUAAAUAACUUUUAGAGAAGCUACCAACUGAAACACCAUAAGAAUAAUAGAAUAAAAAAAAUUAUAGUACAAAAAUAGAAUAAUAUCAAAAUGAAAUCAAACCAAUUCUAACAAUCCCAAUAAACCAAUCAAUAGAGCUUGAAAACUAAUAAGUUUAAAAUGAAUAACUGAAUUAAAUAUUGUUAUAUGUUAAACAGUUAAAAUAAGAGAUAUUACAAUAAAAUAAAGUAAUUUCAAAAGUAUAAGAAGAAAAUGCAGAUUUAAAAAUAAAGUAAAUCAAUUAGAGCAACAAGAUGGAAAUUAAAUUGAUUUUUAUUAAAAGAUCUUGAU